UAGUAUCUCUAUUUAGUUUGUGGUAAUGGCCGUGUGUCAUGCGUGGGUUAUUUUCCGUAAAUAAUUUUGUUUAUUACGAACUAACUUUAAUUACUUACCACGUUCCUUGAAACAAAGUUUAAAAAGGGAUUUUUAACUUUAUUUUGCUACCAAAAUGAGUGCAACAUCUACGGCCACUGAGUCGUUUGAUGAGUUUUACACAGAGGUUAAAGAGAUUGAAAAACGUGACUCUGUCUUAACACCUAAACAACAAAUUGAUAGACUACUGCGCCCUGGCUCUACUUACUUCAAUUUGAACCCAUUUGAGGUCCUCCAGGUUGAACCAGAAGCAACUCUAGAUGAAAUCAAGAAGAAAUAUAGAAGACUGUCUAUUCUUGUUCAUCCAGAUAAAAAUAUGGAUGACUCGGAGCGUGCUCAACAAGCUUUUGAGAUAGUCAACAGAUCUUGGAAAACAUUAGAAAAUGAUGAAGCUCGGAAAAAAUGCCUAGAAAUUUACCAAGAAGCUAAGGAAAGAACUGAUCAUAUGAUAGAACAAAAGAGGAAGAAAUUAAAAAAGGAAAGUAGGUUGGAAGAAGGCAUCCCAGAGGAUGAUCCAGUAAAGUACAAACAUGCGGUGUAUGUCAUGACAAUGAAGUUAUUUGCUGAUAUGGAGCGGAAACGACAACACUUGGAAACUCGGGACAUGGAAGAGAGAAAAAGGAAAAGAGAAGCUGAGAUAGAACAAGAGGAACAACUGUCCUUUGAGAAGGAGUGGGCUAAGAAUUUCGAGGAAUCACGGCAAAACCGCGUCGACAGCUGGAAAACAUUCCAGUCUGGAGGUACUAAAGAAAAGAACAAAGAAAAGAAGAAGAAGAAAAUCAUGGGCUUUAAACCACCCAAGCCAAAGCCAGAAAGCAGAUAACUUGUGUCUUUGUUUUAUUGUAAAGGGGAUGUUACAUUUUUGAGAAAUAAUUUUGAUUAAAUACAUAUAGUUUUUGAUUCUUCACUCUUGUUUAAUGUAGUCCUUCAAUUCAAAAUCUUUAUUGCAUAUCAAAGUACAUCAGUUGAAUUACAGUUACUGCGUAAAGGCGACAAGAAGAUUAUAAAAUAUAAUAGGAGUCUUCUGUAGAUUUCUGAGUUUUUAAAAGCUUGAUGAAAGCUUUCGGCGUAAUUUUCUUUUACUACAUUCUAACUUUGGUGACUAAAGUUUUCAAUAGAAAGACAUAAUUCAGUAUCUGAUACCCAUAUCAAGACGAAGGCCGCAACUUAUUUAGAAGUUCUUAUAUCCUUAGUGAGCCAGAUUUUUUUGAUGUAUUCAACAAAUGUAAUAUCUAUCAGACUUAUUUCUUGAAAAUUGUAGGCCGCCGAUUUAGAGUUAAGUCCUUUUAAGUCUAAUAAUGACAAUUGAUUCUCAAAGCUUCCAAAAUGUUGAAUCUAUUAUGCCUCAUUAUUUCAGUUUUUUUAUAGUAUUGUAAAAAGUAGUAAUAAUAUCUAACUGUAUUGUCGAUUAUUUUAGAAAGUAAUGCCAAUAUACAUUUUUGGUAUACAUCAUUUUAUACAUACAUCUCUAAUAGACGAGAAAUCUUUGCUUUGAGGUUUUAUGCACUUUUGAUGUGCUUAUAUUUUUAAUCGCUUGAGGUUAUCAAAGAUUUAAAUAACUUAAUUGAAUUUAAUUCGAAUACAAAAUGUAUACAGGCGAUUGUAUUAAUUAUGUUCUGUAUAAUUUGCUUAAAACAUUUAAAUUAAAAAUAGUAAAGUAACUGUGUUAGUUCUACUUGUUACUUUUAAUAGCGUUUCUUUUAAAUCUUUUGUUUAGGCAUUGGUGUGUUUGAAUGCCUAAAAAUUCAAAAUUUGAUAAUUUAAAAGAUAGCAACUAAAAAAAAUCACCUCUUCGAACAGGUUUUCCGCUGUUAACAGCAUGUUUAGUUUGUGGCGUGUAAAUAUUGAAACCGAUAAAAAGCAAUAAAUAAAUAAGUGAUAUGUAAGUAUUUCAAUAGAUAAAUAGUUGUUAGAGUCCAUGUUCCAUCUUCAACGAAUUAACUGCCUUGUCGUAGGGUAAAGUGAUGAUAUUAUACUCUUUUUGUAUCGAAUACAUGUUCAGAUAUCAUGUUACUUUUUGAUGAUGUAGUUGUUGAAAAAAUAUCAGCUUACAUCAAAAUUUUAUGAUUCAGUUUCCUGUGAAUUCAAAUAAUUAAAAUAGCAUCCAAAAAAUUUCGUGUUGGGAAUAUAUAUUACGCUUUGUACCAAAUGAUCAAUUAGACUCAACUUUUGGGGAAAUAUAGAUAAUUUUAACCAAAACUAAGUUUUCAUUACAUUCAAAAUUUGUUUUAUAUUGUCUGUGAUUUAUUGGUAGACAUGUAAUUAUUUGACUCUUUAUGCUUUGCUCGCUAAUGCUAAUGGAGCUUGUAUCUAUCUAUAUGUAUGUCGAUGGGUUGUUUACUUGUACCUUUUUUGAUUUUAUUUGUAAACAAAUUUAGCCAUAGUUGCUGAAAAUAUAAUAUGCACAAAAUUA